CUCUGAUCGCAAGUCUUAGUACUUUGAUUUCGUCUUCAUAAGAUUUCGUCAUUUGCCACAUCAAGAUAAGAAUGCAGGUUGUCCCUCCGGUGCACAGUGUUUCAUCGAGAGCGAGCUCCAGUGGCUCACGAUUCUUCGCUGCGUGUGCAGGAAAACGUCGACGGUUGUACUCUGCCAGCGAAGUGCCAUGCGAUUGUUGCGAUGAUGCUCGUCUUUCAUCCAUUUUGACAGUCUGUGCCGCUGCUUCCCCAACCAUGGUGCUAGGUGGCUUGCGAUCAUCAAGAACGGUCACUAGAACAAGCACGACAGCACCCUUUUCUACAAGAACACGCACUGACAUCACAAGAAGCAGUUUGCUUUCCGGCAGUUCAACCUCUGCGGAGGGACAUGCUGCCACAAUCUCUAUCCUGCAUUUUCGAAUUGGAAAAAGGUUUCUCCAUGUUGAGCCCGCUCCUCUAAUGCACCAGACGUUAACGACUGAGUUGUCAUUGCCGCAGUCGGCAAGGGAAAUCGCGAAGACCGAGCGACUCCGCGAAUUGAAAACAGCGGCAGAACGCGACCGCGCACGUCGACGGCUGCAUGGUUGUAUCUGGCGCGCGAUGGCAGCCCUAGAUUGGAACCGGUGGCACAGCCUGUUCCAAGAAUUCAAGCUACUAAAACUUGCGUAUGACGAAGUAACGUACAUGCUCUUGCUUAUGGAACAAAUUACAUUUUGAAGAUUCUUGACCACUGCCUAUCUGAUCGAUCCAGGAUUUUUAGUAAAUAUCUCUAUCUGCUUUUUCGUUCUCCAGGGCUACUAUUCCAGGAUUAGAUAGAGGAUUGAAUAUGUCCCUGCUACACGAGCUGAAACCGAACGAUGACUCGCUUUCUAAAUUUUUCUGGGGGCACGUCCUCUCGCACCGCCACCGUUCGGAGAAUGCACUCUUAGUUUUGGAGGCUAUGCGCUCAAGCAGUUUUAUUCAUGGCGGAUUAUUGCGCGCCACUGAAGGCAUGCUCCAUUCCUAUAUGGAGCUCGCCGAAUUAGACGCCCGUCCGGAGCCUAGUUCGUGGCAAAACGUGGUGCGUAUGCUCCUACACUCGGCACAACGUUACCAGCGCAAACGACUGCAGCGCACAAAACGGGAACUCCUGGCGAUGCCGCCAGAUGCGGUGCUCGCUCUUACGCCCAAUGAUGUGCGUGCAACACUGCUCGACGACGUGCGAAAAAGUCAAUUUCGUUUUGGGAUCAGUGAUGAUGCAGCAGUUGCUCAGGACCUACAACUUCAUGAAGACGCGGACAAUCAUAAAGCCGUUGGUGACAAAGACAACAUGAACAACUGUAGGAGGAGAGAAGACGGCCACUUUCUUCCAGAAUCAAUAAGCUCAACAUCAGCGCAGCCAGGGUACGGAGAUAUCGCACGCAUGGCUGACGAAGAAUUACAAGAAUAUUGUGGCGACUAUGCACGUGGGGAUUACCUACGCGCACUAGAAGUCGAGGAGGCACUCGAUGAGGAGCUCACUGAAACCUUGUUUCAGGAAGAUUCAGCAGCGGAUGAAAAAACUCGCAUUUUUGAUGGUAAGACUUCUUAUUAACAAGGUCAUAAUGGGCAGGGAAUUGCUUUAUCCCAUGGAGUUUAGAUGAACAACUUUAGAACUCUAGUGGUCUCCGAAAAUUUCGGGUACGGCCACCAAGAGUUCGUUGCGUCAGCGCAUUGUGUAUUGACAUGAUCA